AUGGCGCCCGUACCCGCUCCCUCUGCUAUUACAUCAACAGCUGUGCAGACAGCCUUGGAACUCUAUCCAUCUCUAGUGGUGAAAGCUUACCAAUCAAAAAUCAAAGACCCGAAGAAACUCAAAGCUGCUCUGGAACGUGAAACAUGGCGCUUUGAGGAGCUUCCCUCAGAGUUCGUCGAUCAGAAAGCUCAAAAUGGAGGUCUGUCGAAGGAUCAGGUCGAAAGACUCGUUCAGUGGAAAAUUACACACGGCCAGUCACGUCCCUUCCUACCGGCGAUGGUUCGCAGGAACGAUGCAUCAUUCGUCACAGAACAGACCGCUCUAGGUUAUAAAACGCUUCGGUCUGAGCCCGGCCCUCCAUCGACAGCCACGGUAAUUGCCGCACUCGAUGCUGUAUGUAAACUUUCAGGAAUUGGUCCAGCUACGGGAACAUUACUUCUCAACAUAUUCGACCCUGCCAACAUCCCUUUCUUCCAAGACGAAAUGUACGCCUGGCUUUUCGCCGAAUCAAAAGCGACCAAGCUCAAAUACAAUCAAAAGGAAUACCUCCAGCUAUUCGAGACAGUGCGGCCCGUGUUGAAAAAGCUCGGUGUCAAGGCGGUAGAACUAGAAAAGGCCUCCUACGUGUUUGGCCACAUGGAGUUUCUCGACGAGCAGGAGCGGAACAAGCUAGAAGCUGCCUUCGGCAAUGAGACUGCCCAGGACGAUAAGCAGGAAGCUCUUGACGAGGAAAAGGAUGUCGCACAGCAUACCACCGAAACUAAAAGAACAACACCUAGGUCAAAACGAGGUCUGGAAGGAGGCCCAGAAACAGGCUUGAACGAACAAAAGCGCAAGAAGAUAAGGUCGAAAACAAGGAAGCAGUAAUUGCACUUCAGAUUAUGAAUUAGGUCCAUUCAAGCCAACUUUAAACGUGUGGCUCUUCAAUCCCUUCAGUACCACACUCGCCCGGUUUUGAGAUCCCUUCAACGUCAAAAAUGGGAUCCCUAUAGGAUAAGGCCAACUCCGGCGAUAGCCAGCACGACCAAGCUUUUGCCAACCUCCAUUCCAAUAGCUGCGUUGUCGUUCGAGGAAGAUCCGGUUGCACUGCCACUGGCUGAUGCACCAGUCUCGGAGGCGCUUGCGAAGCCUGUGUGAACCGCAGUCUCGGCGGAUGACUCGGUCAAGGUCGCACUUGUCGACCCGCUCGUGGAAGAGGCUGUACCUAAGGUGGUUGUCGUACCGUACACGGAGGCCGCGUUGCAGUUCUGUUCCUUUUGUUGCUGAACGGUCCCGACACCUAGAAUGUUGUUAGCCCUGCUGGUAUUAUGGCAUAUGCGGAAAAUGCGCGGGGGCAAGAGUUAUGCAUAUGGUCGUCUUUGAUUUUUCAUUUUCAUUUUCUUUCUGUCAUACCUGGAUCAUUGGGG